AUGCGGUAUCUGAAACCGCUGUGGCCUCGCCGCUACUCGUGGACGUCCGAUGAAGACGCCACCUCACAAGUGCUCGGCGCGUCUUCAUCGGACGUCCGCGAGCAGUGCUUUGCAGCACGCAAUAACCCUCCUCGUACUGCGGAUCAUCAUGUGCUGGAUAUGAAUCUAGCUGUUAUGGUCUAUCUCAAAUGGGGCAGACCCGACGACGACCCCUCACCGCCGUAG